AUGCCUUGUCACAAAGUUUUUCGUCCGAUGCCUCACGACAGGCAGGCCUUUGCAAAGUUUCUGCUUUUCGUCUUGGGACAUAUUGUGUGUGCUGUGCGUGACGAGAUGCAGACUGGCUGGAGUGAUGAUGGCUAUCUGCAAAAACCCGAUCCUGCACACAGCCUUCUGAACACUGGUUCGACUGGUUCUGGUCUUCAUAUCGCCUCUGUAGAGCCGCCUGUUGGUGUGGAGUGGCAUGAGGAGCAACAGCAGGAUAUGCCCAAGGAUGCCCGGACGGACCAUGGAAAGCAGCGGACUUCCACUAGCCGACAAAACAUCGGCAUGGCAACACGAAAACAUGAUCCUGCUCUCGCUCCGAAAGCAGGGGGCGGGAACCACAUGGGGAAUUUCUUCGAAGGGGUCAGUCGAAUGCAGCUUCUGAAUGUCGCAGGAGGUGGCUCCACAGCGAGCCAAACGCUGCAUGGAAAGGAAGUCCUCGCAAAGGUCACUUUCGCAGGUGCAGGCUACAGAGGGACGUCCUCACCUGCCGACUGGCAAGCCGCAACGCUUCAGCGGCGGCCAGCAGAAGAUCCGGCAGGCAAGCAGCACAAACAGAGUUCGGAGACUGACAGCAGUAGCAACAGUUCGGAGACGGGCGACGGUACCCAUCCUUAUCCCGGCAGAAGCCACGAGUGGGCGAAAUAUGACUACAAGAAGACCACGGGUGAGUUAGAAGGAAUGACAGCUGUGGUGGAAGCCAUGGACGCUGCCAAGGACAAAGCAGUUGACAAAGCCCGUGCAGUAGACAAAGCAUUCGGGAAUCAACAAGCGAAGGUGAAAGAGCUGGGACGAGUCAUGGAUCACCUGGACGUGUCCGUUGAAAAGUACAAGCAAAGUGUUGAAGACUACUUUGUGCAGCAAGAGGCUGCAGAGCCUCGCUGA